GAACAGAGGAUUGCAUUUCACCAUGAGGCAGCUCUUGCGCUGCUGCGUUCCUACACCAUCUACCUUCCCUCGUUUUCCCUCUCUCUCCCUCGUCCUCUUCCUCUUCACCCGUGAUCUGAUUGAAGAAGAGGAGUUGGACUUUCCCAGCUUGAACGGGACAGAUUAGCCCCAAGGAGGGGGUUGCAGAAGAACAGAAGGGGGGUGACAUCUCAGGGGAGAAGCUUCUUUUCUCUUUUGCCUCAGCAGGGCAGGGAGAAAGAAAGACAAGAAAGGGAAGGGAGAGGCAGUGUAUGCUUUUCAAUGUAGAGGAGCUUUUUUCUUUCUUUGGAUUUCCUUUUAUUCGCCCUGCUUUGUUUCUACGUUCCCCUCCUGUCCCGAGAGUGGGGACAAAAGUGAACUACAGGACUGCAGACAGGACUUCCACAACAGGCUUGUGUGAAGCUAGCAUUUGCUGGCUGGAUUCAGCAGACACCAGCCUGACACCCUGCGCUUUGAUGAGGUAACAGUCAAUCAAUUUGCCCAACAUCCCACUGAGGAAUCAUGGGCCAGAAGAUUUCAGGAAGCAUCAAGUCAGUGGACGUGAGAAGCGAGCCCUCCUACCGCCCCUUACGGAGAGAACUCAGAGGUCCCGAUUUCUUCAAGCCAGCCAGGCUUGACUUGCUGCUGGAUAUGCCAUCAGUGUCCUCGGAGCAUCAGCUGCAGCAUGCUUGGAACCAAGAUGAUCGCUCUCUCAAUAUCUUCAUCAAGGAAGAUGACAAGCUGACUUUCCACCGCCACCCAGUGGCCCAGAGCACAGACUGCAUCCGAGGGCGAGUGGGCUACACACGUGGCCUCCAUGUUUGGUGCAUCCAUUGGCCUGCCAGGCAGCGGGGCACCCAUGCCGUAGUGGGCGUGGCGACAUCAGAGGCACCACUCCAUUCAGUAGGAUACACCUCUUUAGUAGGUAGUGACAGUGAGUCCUGGGGCUGGGACCUGGGCCGCAACAAGCUCUACCACAACAGCAAAAACAGACCAGCUUCUUCAGCACCUACUUACCCCAGCUUCCUUGAGCCAGAGGAAGCUUUUGUUAUUCCUGACACCCUGGUGGUGGUGCUGGAUAUGGAUGAGGGGACACUUAGUUUCAUGGUGGAUGGACAGUAUCUUGGAGUGGCCUUCAGAGGGCUCAAGGGAAAGAAGCUGUAUCCCAUCGUUAGUGCAGUAUGGGGACACUGUGAGAUCACCAUGCGCUACAUCAACGGCUUGGAUCCUGAGCCACUGCCUCUUAUGGACCUGUGUAGGAGAGCGGCACGUCUAGCUCUGGGCCGUGACAGAUUGCAACAGAUUGAGACCUUGCCUUUACCCCAAUCUCUGAAAAAUUACCUCCAAUACCAAUGAUGUUGACAGAUCCACGCAAACACACACACAGCAUCUCGAUCGCCUAAGAACAGACCACCAAGGGCAAAUGUUUACACUACAAUCUGUGGCUACUACCAGAGAUGUUCUGUUUCUUCCUACAUUUUUUUUUCUGGAUUUUGGACGGCAUGAAGGAGUGGACCGUGAGGUUAGAGUGUAAGGAUGGCGCAGUGUCCGCCGCUGUUAGUCUCUCCCUGAAUGUUAGGGCUUGGCAAAAAAAAGUUGAAGAACCUUGAGAAUGCUCAUUCAAAGAAUGCUUAAAACAUUCCAGAAGGAAACCAGGCACCUUAGAGGCCAGACUCUGGAGCUGGAGCUGGAGCCGUAUAGGGUUUCAAGCAGGUCUUACCUUUGCACAAGGGCGACCACUAACCACAUUAAGACCCAAUUAAUGAGUCUAGUCAAUAGGUGCACUGAUGCAGCACAAACACUCCAAGCAAACAUUUCCCACUUGAUCUAAUUUAAGUAAUUUUCCUGAGUGUGUACCUUAAUUUUAAGGUGAGUGUGAUUCUCCCCAUGGUUGAUUUAUGAAUAUUAUGAUACAGAUCCUGUUACAAGUUUAUUUCAAUGUUUUCUUUUAUUUAUCUGGAUUUAAUUCCUUUUUAAUGAAAAUGACACUGUGCAUACGAGCACAGGGACGUGAUAAAUCCAUCCCAAAUGGCUUUUUAUUUGAAACCAGGAUGCUGCUUUUUUCUAUUAUUAUUAUUAUAAUUAUUAUUAUAAUUAUUAUUAUUAUUGAUGCUGGUUUGUCUGCCUGAUCAAACAGGAGAUCUGCAGUAAACAGAGGAAUGUAAGGACACCGCUAAACAUUAGUAUAUUUAAAAAUGUG